AUGGAAUACAAUCCAUCACCCUCCUUCGGCCUCGGCGCGCGAGCGAACCGUCGCGCUUCUACUCAAUUGACUAUUGACGAGGAAGGCCGUAAACCACUCUUCUCCAAACCCUCCCGAGAGAGCCUCGAGCCCCAGAAUCCCUCCCAAGCGGCAGCGGGAAGCAACAGAUUUGGAUACUCGCCAACGAACGCCCAAACCAGUGCGACUGGCCGACCCCCCUCUCGUGCCGCGAUCCCCCGACCUUCGAGCUCCCUUUCGCAGACGCCGUCCCUCAACUCGAACCACUCCAUCGAGAUCGUCUCUCCCGGCUCCCGCAUUCCCCGACCCAAAUCCACAAUAGGCGUUUUCGUCAAAGGCUCCGGAUUCUCUGUUGCCGAGGCCUGGAAGCUGGCGGACGAGAACCGUGUACAGACUCUCGAAAAGACGCGGCGAGCUACUCCCGCGGCCAUCGACGCAUCGCCAAGCCCUGCCCCACGCCCCUAUACCAAUCGACAAGUUUCCGACGAGUCAAAAUCACGGCGAUCUCUAGGCAAAGAUGCGGUCGACUACAGCCGCCCCAGACCCCUUUCGAGAAUGUCGAGCGACUCGUUGCGCGACAGCUACGUCGGACGAUACGGCGGUAGUCCAGGCUCGAACAGCCUCUCCAGCUCUGGAAGCUUCGAUCGUCGACUGAGUCAAUAUGAGCGCGAGAUGGCGGAAUCGCCGAGCGCGUCUCGGGAUCAGGACCAUUUCUUUGGUAAGACCAGAGUGGGACCAAGGAUUGCCGAGACAGGACACACCCUGGCGAGGAGGACAAGCAACAGCAGCCUCAACGGGUCUUCGAGUGUGAACCGGCGAGCCAGUAAUAGCAGCUUGAAUGGAAGCUCGGGCUUGGGUAGGAGGACAAGCUACGGCAGUUUGAGCGCCAGCCCGCGUCCUGGAGCAUUCGCCAAGAGCCAUGUUCCUGAAGGACACAUAAAGGAGCUCCUGGAGCAGGAUGAGAAGGGUAUUAAGCGAUCCGCCAGCCCGAAGCCAGAGGAUAAUAUUUCAGCCGACACACCGUUGCCCUCUGUAGAGCGUCUCCCCCAGGAACCCACUCCGCCAACAUCUCGUCCGGCUUCUGCGAACCCGGAAUACCGAUCUCCAGACAAGAGUUACGCGUGGCAGCUCGAUGCAGAUUUCACGGCGGGAGACUUGCAGAUUUCAGACAGUCCACGGAUAAGAACCGGUGGCGCUGGCUUUAGCGAAGCCUCCGAUCGACGAUCCUCUUACGGCAGCGCUUAUGCUGAAGAGCAGCUCUUGGGAAUGAACGGGAAUCUCAGGCGGGAGUCAUCGCUGGGACCUUCUCCUCGGGCUGGGCGCUCGAAUACUAGGAUCGACGAGAUUCGCCAGCGGGAAGAGAAAGCCAAGGAGGAGCUUGCCGAGUCGCGGAAGGCCCUGCCAAGAGCUAGGAAUAAUACAAGGCUGGAGGAGAUUCGCGAGAGAGAAGCCGAGGCUGAGGAGCAAUUAGCCAAGCAACCGAGGCGCUCCUAUUACCCGACACCCGAUGAUCUGCCAGACCGAGAAGAAGUCGAUACACAAGUUCCGCCAAAGAACACGAAGCUCGACGAGAUACGAGCCCGAGAAGCCGAGUUAUUGUCUAAGAAGGCCGUGGCUACUAGCCGAUUGGAGGAGAUUAGGGAACAGAACUCAAUGACGAGAUCCGUGUCGCCGGAAGCUCGGCGCAGCGGGGACUUUGCGAGAGAGUCGACGCCUAUCCGAGAGGCAGGUGGAGAGUCGGAAUGGCCAACAGAAGACGGCGAGCAUAUCGCCAACACGCCUGUCACAAUUUAUCGCGACUCGCCGGUGCGCGAGCGCAACAAGUCGCUAUCCGAGACGCCUGCGAGCCGAAAUGAGCGAGCGAGUCCCAAGCCUGCGAGGCCAUUAGGCGCGCAUGCGCGGACGGAUUCGAGGGACAUAUUGCAGAGGCUCGCCAGAGCUGCAAGCAGCAGCCCUGCCCCUGAGACCCAUGCCCAACCCGCAACUACAGAUGAGAAAAAGAGGCCUAGCAUAGAAGACCUCGAGAAGGAAAGGCUAGAGAAGGAGACACGCGAGAGAGACAGACUGGAGAAGGAGAGGUUCGACAGGGAUAGACUUGAGAAGGAGAGGUUGGAGAGGGAGAAAAUUGCGAAGGACAGGCUCGAGAAGGAGCAACUCGCGAAGGAAACACUCGAAAAGGAGAAGCUCGAGAAGGAGAGGCUCGAAAAGGAGAGGCUCGACAAGGAAAGACUCGAAAAAGAGAAGCUUGAGGAGGAAAAGCGUGCGAAGCUGAAGCUUGAGAUGGAAAGGCUCGAGAAAGAAACUUCCAAGGAGCCUUCUUCGCAGAGGGCUGAGAUACAGCGGCGCAGAAGCGAGACCACACGGUCUGCCCACGAAGCCGAGCCCAAGGCCAGUCCACCACGAACUCGCAGAGGAACCAUCAAAGUAUCCGAGCCAGUUUCUACUGAGACGAAAGGGACGGAUGACUCCAAGUCCAGUUCCACAGAUGAGCUGAAGGCGCCGGAAGCACGGAGGCCAAAGUCUCGCGUGGACUUCGCUGCAAGGCGCCGGGAACGUCGUCAGAAGUCAACCGACUCCGCCAAGGACAACCGUAAGAGCGUGGCCUUGUCUGAUGGUGAUCCUACCGACCGCAUCGAGCAAGAGAUGAACCUUUUCGCGCCUGCGGACAACCAAUCUGAGCGUGGAUCGAGAGCACCUUCCGCGGAGCCUACCACCGAGGAUGAGGAUAAGGACCUUUUCGCGGGCGAGACUCCUCGGCCGAAGAAAGUCGACCCGCUGUCUCUCCCUACACCUAGGGUGACCGGGGCUUACGUCGAGACACCUGCGACGCUCAAGGUCGAACGGAUCGAGGAGAACACUCUGCCCCCAUUGACGAGGCCUGGCCCGUUGUCGAACGCGACUUUCGAUAGACCGCACAGCAGAAGAGGAUCACGCCCGUCGUCAAGGGCAGACACACUCUUCAAGGCCAGUGGAUCGGGCUCUGAAACAAGCGAUCAGAAGGAGACAGCUGGAACGAGUACGACUUCCAGCCUGCGACGCCGCAACAGAUCAACCUCUCGGCCGCGCAAGCCUCUGACCAACUCAGUCAAGCCGCCAACAGUCAAGGACGAUAUUAUGGAACUUCAACGCAUUCAUCAGAUUGAAGACUCCACACUGGACGAUUUCGAAGAACUGUUUAACAUGCAGAAGCUUCAGGACGACCCAUCGAUAGAUAUCGAGUCGAUGCUCGAUGAUAUUGCGGUUAAGAAAGAGGAAGUCGCAGCCAAGCCCAACAUUACCAAGAGUCAGCGAAAUCACGAGCUGGAGCAGUACGACAGGAUGAGCAAGACAUUGAAAGACGGGCUUUUCAACAUUCGUACCGCCAAGCAAGGCAUCGAGCGGUUGGAGGGGCAGGUUUCUCAUGCCGAGGGCAAGCAUGACGUUGCCACUACACUUGAGAAAGUGUCUGAGAAGCAGCCGCUGGCUAAGGGGUCGCAUCACCGCCAUAACCCGGAUCAUGCCCGCGAUUGCCCAGAUUGCGUUGGCCAGACUCCCGUCAAGGAAGUGUCGUAUCUUCACCUUCCUGUACCGAGCCUCUAUCAUCGCAACCCCUUGCGCCUUACAUUCCUUGGGCUAGUAUUCCUCAUGGUCUCACUCUGGUAUGCUGCCGAGUCUGCCAUGUGUGAGGCUUACUGUCGGCCAACUACAUGUUCUUCGACACCUUGCGUCUGGUCACCGACGGAUCCCACUUGGGGUGUCGCUAUCCCAGUGAAGCUCGACGAGUGGGCCACAGGUGGCUUAGGCCGCCAACUCACUAAUCAGUAUUCCGAGGAGGCGUCAGAUCUUUGGGCGGAUGCGUUGGAUUUCGUGACAGGUACCGAUAUCACGACUAUCGAUAUCAACACACUCGACUUUUAUGACAAGCGGCAGCUGCGCCGUCGUCUCCGCAAGAAGGGACUUGCGAAGCGGCCAGUCGUCGAGUCAGCUAGCGACACGGCCAAGUGGGAUGCAUGGCACGCCACACGCGUGGCCAGCGAGAGGGCACAGGACGCAAGGGAAAUGGGGUAUGAUAUUGCACUUGCGUUCAACGUUCAACGAAUCUCAAAAUGGACGGAUCCAAAAUCACCUCACAACUCAAAGCCAGCCUGGCAGAGAAAACCCUGGUUCGGCUUCGACCUCGACGACACCCUCCACGAAUACCGCCGCGCCUCCUCCGCCGCCACGGCCAAAACCCUCGAGGCCAUCUCCCAACGACACGGGACCUCCCUAGAUGACUUGAAAGAGGCGUACGGCCACGUCCUACGCGAUAAGACGGCGUCCGCGUUUGCCGACGGCAAGACGUCGUUUGAGUAUCGACGGGAACGCUUCGCCUCGGUCCUGGACCGCUUCGGAUUGCCGAGCGAUGAUGCAAUGUUUAUGGAUUCGUUGUUGGAUGUCAGCCUUCCAGAGCUCUCCACCCUCCCGAUCCCGCAGAACAUCACAUUCGUCGCGACGCCGGGUCGCAACACCUCGGACGCGCCCAUGGUGGCCUGCUGCGCGCCGAACCCCGUCCAGCUCGCCGGCGGCUGCUACGAGUGGUGCGAGCUUCCGGGGACCUACGACGCGAAGAAGAAUGCGCUUUCUACGUUUGGGGGGUGUCUUUCGGCUAAUGGGAAGAAUUCCUCGACGGAUGCGUAUAUUGUGGGGUUGCACGUUGCUAACGGCGCCGCGAGGCCGGGUGUGACGACGGUGGGACUUGGGAUGUUUGUUUUGGUGGUUUCGUUGUUUGUGGGUUUGACUUGA